AUGGAGAAUGGCAAAAGAAAGGAGAGUUCAUUUAGAAAGAAGCAGAUGGAGCGAGGGAUUAAGUAUGGAGAGCCUCAGACUUGCCAUUGCUGUUCACAGAAGCAGCAAGCAGGGGACACGCUGAACGCCAUCGCGCUGCAGUACUGCUGCUCGGUCGCAGAUAUCAAGAGAGUUAACAAUCUUAUCAACGAUCAAGAUUUUUUUGCCCUGAGGUCUAUCAAAAUUCCAGUGAAAAAGUUCAGUGUGUUGACCGAAACACAUGUCUCUCCAAAAGGAAGACCAGUCCUUCGGCCUGCUGUGUGUUCCCCAGAAGUGCAGGAAACAUCACUGUCUGAUAAAUUCUCUGCUAAUGAGACUGCUGGCAACUUCUUAAAAGAAGUGGAUCGAGAUAUAGAAGAAAUAGUGAAGUGUAAUGAUACAAAGAGAGAGAAUCUUAAUGAAGUUGUUUCUGCCUUAGCAGCCCAACAAAUCUGUUUUGAAACUGAUGGUAAAACCAAGAAAUCCAAGGAUCCAUACUAUGGAGCGGAUUGGGGUAUAGGAUGGUGGACAGCCGUAGUGAUUAUGUUGAUCAUUGGCAUAGUAACUCCAGUUUUCUAUCUCCUGUAUUAUGAAGUUCUAGUGAAAGCAGAUGUCAGUCACCAUUCUACUAUGGAGUCUUCCCAUUUGUUUGUCACAACAGCAUCACAUCAGAAAUAAAUAGAAAAUGGAAUAAAUCCGGUGAAUAUUAUAAAUGUUGAUAAUCAAGGAGACCUUCAGCCUUAA